UUUCACACCUUCACUCAAUUCCUACUUCACCCAAACCAUAAACAUUCAUACUGCACCCGGAUCCCAGCAGAUUCCCAAAUCCAACCAGAUUCCACACAACAUCAUUACUACACAUUCACUCAUUCACACAGUAUUUUCCCAUAUCAUCCCAUUAUAUUAUACUAUUAUAUACUAUAUUAUAUAGUAUGGUAUGUAGUAUGGUAUAUGGUAGUAUAGUACAGUAAGUAGUAUAUAGUUAAGAAAAUAAUGUAAUGUGUGAAUUUAUGUGUAAUGUCGGAGUGGACUAGACAUAAUUCUAUAAGCCGUAGGUCGUAGGAUCGAAUCCCACUCCUGAAACACACAACCAACCUUAAAAUUAUUUAAUUAAUUAAUUUAUUUAUUAAUUUAUUUAAUUUAAUUAUUAAUUUAUUUGUGUUGUUUGAUGGAAUUAAUUAUUUUGUGAAAAUUUCUUUUAACCAGAUAAUAUUUUUAUUGAUAGAGAGUGAUAACUGUUAAUAAUUGAGAUUUAAGUUUGGAUUCUAACUCCCCACAGUUGUGUAGUGACUUGAAUUACUUUUAUCUUAUUUAUCUUUUAUUGUUAUUUUGAGUAUUGGACGAUUUUUAAUAUUAAAUUAUUUCACCUUAUCGUAAUAUUUUUUUCCUCUACUUCUGACCUUCAUUAUGAGUAAAUUAUCUUCGGAUCGAUUGAAUGACGCCGUUACGGCUGUUUUGGAAGGCUCAAAAACCAAGAAACGAAACUUCACCGAAACCGUCGAAUUACAAAUCUCUCUGAAGGACUAUGACACACAGCGUGAUAAGCGUUUUAGUGGCACUGUCGUAUUACAAAAUGCGCCGAAAAAGAACAUGAAAGUUUGUGUCUUUGGGGACGCUGUGCACUGUGACGAGGCUAAAGCGCUGGGCGUGGACUUUAUUGACCUUGAGGGCCUAAAGAAAUUCAACAGGAAUAAAACUUUAGUAAAGAAAUUGGCGAAUAAGUACAGUGCGUUUCUGGCCUCACAGUCGUUGCUGCCUCAGAUCCCUCGUUUCCUGGGACCAGGCCUUAACAAGGCUGGCAAGUUCCCCACUCAGCUACUCCACACUGACAGGAUGGAGGAUAAGAUUAAUGAACUGAGGUCCAGUGUGAAGUUCCAGUUAAAGAAAGUGCUCUGCAUGGGAGUCGCCGUAGGGAACGUCGAAAUGUCACCUGAACAACUAAAAGCCAACAUUGUAUUAUCCGUAAACUACCUAGUUUCACUACUAAAGAAGAAUUGGAACAACGUUAAAGGACUCACCAUCAAAAGUACCAUGGGGAAACCACAACGCAUCUACGGUUAACCCCUUAACUUUGGUUAACUUGUUAACUUGUUAACCUUUUAACCUGUUAACCCUUAACUUUGGUUAACCUGUUAACUUUAACUUUGGUUAACUUUGGGUUUAAUGUUGUGUCUUAAAGUGUUGCUUGACUAUGUGAUUGAGUAGUUAGAACUUGUGUGAUUUGACUGGUGAAUAUUUAUUAUUUU